AUGGAUGAGCUCUUCGACUUUUUCUAUGAGAUAGAUUCCUUAAAUUCAAUAGAAUCAGCUAUUACUAUACCCCAAGCUUAUGUUUUAGGAUUUUCCAGAGCUCUUUAUCAUCAAGAUCUUCUUUGAACCUUAAAUUUUUUUAAAAAAUUAAAUGACUUUAAAGCGAAUGAGCAUCUUAGAGAGCGGGCUGAAUGAUUCAUCCUAUACAAGCUUUACGAAGGUCUUUAUGCAGAGGCAGAAUCACUAUUAUCUCAAUUAAGUCAGCCUAAAAGCUCUAAAGCUGUCCGCCGUUUGAUAAGUGAAAAUGACAAGCCAUAUUACAAAGAAAUAAGGAGCUAUUUAAAAUCCAUAUCUUCCAAAAAGCUGCCCGAGGUUGAACAUAUCAGCUGCCCUAUAUGUCUAGAUGACAUUGAAGAUCCUAAUUCUAAACCUCUUGUGCAAUGCCAGCAUAUUUUUCAUGACCACUGUAUAUCCAGAUAUAUCACAAAUAAAGUAGAUUCUAGGCAAUUCCCUAUUCUCUGCCCUCUAGAAUUAUGCAAAGCUGAAAUUGAUGCAAGUGAUAUAAAAACGAGGCUUGAACAAUACAUAUUUCAACAAUUUGAGGACUAUUCGUUUAAAAAUCAUGUUGAAACUCAUGGGAGCGAAUAUUCAUGCUGCCCAACUGCUGAUUGUCCUUAUAUAUUUAUACCAAACUGCGCAAAAAGGUUUAAAUGCCCUGUAUGCAAAAAGAAGUAUUGUUUAGAAUGCAGGUCGAUAUAUCAUAGAAAAUUGAACUGUGAAGAAUUUAGAGCUGCAAAUGGGGAUAUUAGAGAUGCUGAAUUUUUAAAAUUUGUGAAAGGGGCGAUGUAUAAGCAAUGCAUUUUAUGCCAAUUUUGGGUUGAAAGGACAAAAGGCUGCAACCAUAUGACAUGCAGAUGUGGAUAUGAGUUUUGUUAUAAGUGUGGAGCAAAGUAUAAGGAGUGUAGGUGCGGGAUAUGAUCUUAA